AGGAGGUGGUCAGAGUAGAGAGAGCUCAGUGUGAGUGGCUUCAGUGCAGGAGGAAAUUAUGAGACGCUGAGAGAGAGAGACAGAGACAGAGGCAGAAGACAGAAGAAAGGGUGGAAGUUUGAUAAACGGUGGGGGGAAAUGUGUUAGUGGUCUCUCUCAGUUCAGCCAGUGUGUGUUCGUCCGGUGCGGAAGUGCUAUGAGUGUGGGUGGAGGACAGAAGCGAUAUGUGUCCACUCUCAGGAUCCAGCUGUCAGCUCCAGCAUCUGGAGGAGGCACACGCUCCAACACAGACAGCACCACUGGCACCUUAAAGAACGGAGACAGCUCCGCAAACGAGGGCGACGCUCCCCGCUUCCUCAAGCCCCUUCAGGACUGCCUGGUGGAUGAAGGAAGUGACAUCACACUUCGGGGUGUCAUCACAGGGAGGCAGCCAAUUAGAGUAUCCUGGUUUCAUAAUGGAGAGGUGGUGCUGUAUGGUAAGUCCUCAUUUACUGAUGGAGAGGUGAAGCUGGUUAUUAUGGAAUGUCUGCCAGAGGAUGCUGGAGCUUACACCUGUGUAGCUGAAAACUCUGCAGGAAAAACAUCCAGCAGCUCAGCCGUGUGUGUCAAAGAUACGGUGGUUGCUAUCCGACACAGGCACACAUACUCAUCUGGACCUUCUGCUCGUGGACUGAAAAAUGGCAGUUUGAGCUCACCUCAGAGCGCUCUGAAUGACAGCAGUGUUUUCAGUGGAUCCGAGUCACCUCAAACAGCAAGUCCUCAAAUACAGAGUCCCACACACAGGAAAGAGGUGACUGCAAAGAGGAGAACCAGCUCAGGAACAGUUGUUCUGCAGGUGUUCUGUCCUCGUGAUCAGGUGGAGGUGCGGGUGGGGCAGAGUGCACAUCUGAGAUGUGAGUUUAAAGGCAGCUACCCAAUCGUGUCCUGCUGGAUCCACAACAGAAAAGAGGUGUUGGAGGGUUGUAGGUACUCUAUAGAGAGCUGUAGUGACCGCAGUACUUUGGUCAUUUCUGACGCUCAACCUGAAGAUUCUGGAUACUACACUCUGGUCAUACGAGACCGCAACAGUUCCACCCAACAUACACUCACACUGUCCGUCACUGAGCGGCCUCAGCCUCCAGUCUCGUGCCCAGUGGUGUGCAUUCUCUCCCACGAAGCGGUGGUCCUUUCCUGGUCUGGGCCGUGUUAUGAUGGAGGCUCAGCUGUCACUGGUUAUGUGGUAGAGGUCCAGUCUGUUGGCUCUGACCACAGCGACCACUGGACUGAGCUUUCUGCACACUGCAGGAGUACAUCUCUGAGGGUGAGCUCAGGACUCCAGCCGCAGGGACAGUACCGCUUCAGAGUGAGAGCCUGCAACGCUGUGGGGGUCAGCGAACCCAGCCAGGAGUCUCAGGUGAUCAAGAUGGACAGCCCAGGAAAAUCUCAUGAAGAGAAGAUAGAAGAGUUUGUGACUGUUACUAUUGAUGAUGUGCACAAAGUCACUGAUCACUACAAUGUACUGGAGAAACUCGGAGUAGGGAAGUUUGGUCAGGUGUUCCGGCUGACCCAUAAGGAAACCGGCCGCAUCUGUGCCGGAAAGUUCUACAAGGGCCGGCGUGCAAAGGAGAGAGAAGCGGCCAAGAAAGAGAUAGAACUGAUGAACUUCCUCCACCAUCCCAAACUGGUGCAAUGUCUGGCAGCGUACGACAACAAACCUGAGAUAGUGAUGGUGAUGGAGUUUAUUGCAGGUGGAGAGCUGUUUGAGCGUAUUGUGGAUGAUAAUUUUGAGCACACAGAGCCGUCCAGUGUCGGCUACAUGUGUCAGAUCCUGCAGGGUAUCCAGUACAUGCAUCAGCAGAACAUCAUCCAUCUGGACCUCAAACCUGAGAACAUUGUAUGUGUGGACAAAACCGGCAUUCAGAUUAAAAUCAUUGACUUUGGGCUCGCCGCCAAGCUGGAUCCCUCCAACCCUGUGAAGGUGAUGCACGGCACCCCUGAGUUUGUGGCUCCAGAGGUCAUCAACUAUGAACCCAUCUAUUUGGCCACAGAUAUGUGGAGCAUUGGGGUGAUCUGUUAUAUACUGCUGAGUGGUGAAUCUCCGUUCCUGGGGGACAGCGACACUGAGACUCUGGCUCUUGUGACCGCAGCCCAGUGGGAGUUUGAUGAGGAAAGCUUUGAAGACAUCACUGACCAGGCCAAAGACUUCAUCAGCUCUCUACUGCACAAAGACGUCAGGCGCCGGAUGUCCUGUGAAGAAGCUCUGGCUCACUCCUGGAUGGCGACGUUUAAGUCUGCGGACCCCAGCACCGCCAAAAACCUCUCCAAAGACAAGAUUAAGAAGUUCUUGGCCAGGCAGAAGUGGAAGAAAACAGGCAAAGCUGUGUUGGCUCUGAAGAGGAUGGCCAUGCUGUCCAAAACUGACAGCUCAGCUUCUCUCCCCAGCCCUGUGGAUGACACAGAGCAGGCUCUCAAGACUCUGGAGAAGAAGAUGCAGUCUAAGCCUGAUUUCACUAAGACUCUGUUUGACCUGUCUGUUAUUGAGGAAUCCACCGCCGAGUUCUUCUGCCAGGUCACAGGUUACCCAGACCCUGAGGUGGUGUGGCUGAGGGAUGGAGUGGUUCUGGAGGAGAAAGAAGGCAGUGUGCAAGUGGAGUAUGAGGAGGAUGGGACCUGUGUCCUGACCCUGGAGAGUGUGUCCAUGAGGCAGAGUGGCACAUACUCCUGCAGAGCCAACAAUGUCCAUGGGGAGGCGCUGUGCUCUGCCAAACUCACAGUAGUAGAGCAGGAGGAAGACACAGACUGAGAAUGUCAUUAACACUUCUACAUAUAGACAUACAAUAAGAUAUAUAAUAUAUACAAAUAUACAGUCACUGUUACUCUCUCUCUCUCUCUCUCUCUCUCUCCCUCUCUCUCCCUCUCUCUCUCUCUCUCUCUCUCUCUCUCUCCCUCUCUCUCUCCCUCUCUCUCCCUCUCUCUCUCUCUCUCUCUCUCUCUCUCUCUCUCUGUCUUUGUCUCUCACCCUGUUCAUAUACCAAAACAGGUUACUGUUCUGAGAAAUGUAAAUUACAUCUUUUAAGAUCCUGUUUGAGUGUUUUCAACAUUUUAUGCUGAUGUAAGUUUAAUAACAUUCCAGUGACUGUGGAAAAUGCUGCACUUGUUUUGUUAAACAAGUUAAUAUCUACAGAUUUUUCCCAAGACAUAUCAAUAAAUCCACCAGUGCAGUCAUCA